AUGGAACAAGAUUUUCCCACCUUCAUCCGCCCUUGCAAACUCCGAGGCAACUCUUCUGCAAGUUCUCGUCCUCUCAUUCCCGGCCCUGCUGGUGUUGUCCAGGCCGCCAUGAUUCAACGCAGCUCCACCACCGACGGACACCUCAUUCCAACCCAACAAUUUGUUAGGCGCGUCGUCGAAGACGGUCACGACACUGAUCCCGAUUUUCACUCCAAUGCUUGGCUUUCAGCCCUGCAAUUAGGCGGAUCUGCAACUCCUCUGGGUUCAAUCACUCACCAUCUAGAAAGGGUCGAUCUCAUCGUCGCAGUUAUCAAAUCAUGCACGCCAAACGGAUUCGGCGAUGUGUCAGUUACCCUGAAGGAUCCUACGGGCACUGUCGGUGCUAGUGUCCAUCACAAGGUUUUCACUGAAAGCGAAUUCGCGAAGGACAUAAAUGUUGGAUCUGUUAUGCUUAUCCAGAAGGUAGCUGUGUUUUCUCCUAGAAAAUCUAAUUGUUACCUGAACAUAACAUUGCCCAACAUAGUUAAGGUAUUCUCCAGUGACUGUGGACCUCCAUCUGAAACAUUCACCGACAUUACAGAAGAUUGAUUAAUGUUAUUUGGCUAAUUUUGAAUUAUUUGCAACUUUAAAAAAUCCUUGACCUGGAUUAUGUAGGCUAUGUUGCGUCCCUUGAAUUAUGUACGUUAUUUUGCUUCAAUUGGAUUAUGUGCGUUAUUUCACUUCCCAUUGGAUUUUGUUUGUUA